AUGUCCGAGCUCCUGAGGAAACCCGAUGUGCUCACCAAGGCCACCGAGGAGCUGGACCGUGUCAUCGGCCGCGAACGCCUUGUCACGGAGGGGGACAUCACGAAGCUCCCGUACAUGCAGGCCAUCGUCAAGGAGACCAUGCGCCUGCACCCGGUGACGCCGUUGCUGGCGCCGCGGCUGUCCCGGGAGGACGCGUCCGUGGACGGCUACGACAUCCCGACGGGCACGCUCGUGUUCGUCAACGUCUGGGCCAUCGGCCGUGACCCGGCCGUGUGGGGGGAUGCUCCCGACGAGUUCCGACCAGAGAGGUUCGCCGGGAGCAGCGUGGACGUGAAGGGGCAGGACUUUGAGCUGCUGCCGUUCGGGUCUGGCCGUCGGAUGUGCCCCGGCAUCGGGCUUGGGCUAAAGAUGGAGCAGGUGAUUCUAGCGAACCUGGUCCACGGGUUUGCGUGGAGGCUCCCCGACGGCAUGGCGAAGGAGGAGUUGAGCAUGGAAGAGAAGUUCGGGCUGUCCAUGCCGCGCUUGAUCCCACUCCAAGCCAUCGCCGAGCCUAGGCUUCCGGCUCACAUAUACGCCAGGCCGCCUCCAUGA